AUGGCGACUGGACGACACGAUGCUAAGCGCACUGCGCACAAAUUAAAUAAUUCAAGUACCAGUUCGCCCAGUAAAGCGACUAAAGCAAAAGAUUUGAAACAUAAUGAUGAUAAGAACCAGGAGGACGAAAUAGAAACCGAAGAACAAGUAGAGUUGAAGGACAUUAUGGUUAUGAUGAAAAAUAUGAUGAGAAAGCUAGAGAAAUUGGAUGUUAUUGAAACUAAAGUGAAGUCAGUCGAGCAAGAGCUGAGAAGUAUGAAAGAUUCAAUAGAAUUUGCGCAUUCAGAAGUUAAAGAUUUGAAAAGCGACAACGAAGAACGCAAAAAAAUGGACGAGCUAACGAGACAACAAAUAGAAAAAUUGGAGAAAGAAAAUGAAAUCUUACACAAGAGCGUCAUUGAUCUUAAAACAAGGUCAAUGCGCGAUAACUUAGUGUUUUAUAACAUAGACGAAAACAAGGAUGAGAACACUACAGAUAUAAUUCAUCAAAUUAUGGAACAUAAAUUGGGCAUGGAGAAUGCAGCAAGGGAAGUGAAGAUCGAUAGAUCCCACAGACUGGGAAAACAGAGAUUUGGAGCAACGAAGCCGCGACCAAUUGUCCCCAAAUUUAAUUUUUAUCCCGACCGCGAACGAGUUCUACAAAACGCAAGAAAACUGAAAGGAACAAAAAUAGGAAUUGGUGAACAGUUUCCUGAUGAGAUUCUGAAAAUACGCAAGGAGUUAUAUCCAGAACUAAAGAAGGCAAGAGAUGCGGGUAAAAAGGCGAAACUGGUUAAGGACAAACUUAUUAUUGAGGGUCAGAUUUUUUACAAGCCGACGACAUGA